UGGCUGCUGAUCAAUGUGACACAACAUUGAAAAGGGACUCUCAAAAUCAAAGUGGUUGCCUCAGCAACGGCCCUGCCAGAUUCCACCAAUCAAUGGGUCCUCUGCGCUGCAAUUUGCCUGAAAGGACCAGCUUCCUACAUAAAGAGUGAGGGUCUGGGACUAGCGAAAGCCACACGGGGCAGCGAGCAUCCAGACAGGAAAAUAAUACAGAGAAAUAGCCAUCAUGUUUCAGACAAAAAUUCCAGUUCAAAUCCAGUGGGGGGUCCUGUUCAUUGUCUUCUGCAUUCAGAUUCUAACAGCUAGUGGAGCUCAGAAGCAGGAUGCUCUGCCUGAGAGCAGCGGAGCCCUGAUUAACCACUCCCUGAUGCUGGUGCAGCUGCUGGAGGCUCUUCUGGCUCACGGGAAUGGCAGCGACGUGGCCCUGCGCAUUCAGACGCUGCACUCGGACGAGGUGAAGGUGUUCCAGGCACACUCGCUGGUGCUCUCCCUGCAGAGCGAGACCUUCGAGGGGCUGCUGCAGCACCGCAACUCCAGCGGACUGAUCCUGAGAGAGACAGCCGACUGCGCCGCAGUCUUCGACAAGUUCAUCAGGUAUCUGUACUGUGGGGAAAUCACAGUCCAGCUGGAGCAAGCCAUCCCACUACACAAGCUGGCCAGUAAAUACCGCGUGUCAGCUCUGCAGGAGGGGCUGAGUCACUACAUGACCCAACACCUGGCCAGCGACUCCCCGCAGGGCCACGUGGUCAGCUGGUACGACUACGCCAUGCGCAUCGGGGACGUGGGGCUGAGGGAAAGCUGCCUGCAGUACCUGUCCUGGAACCUGUCCUCGGUCUUCCAGAGCGGGGAGUGGGGGGCGGUGAGCGAUGACCUGCUGCUCUCCUUGCUGCAGCGCUCUGACCUGAUCCUGCAGAGCGAGCUGGAGCUCUUUGGGGCUCUGGAGAGCUGGAUAGGGCGCAAUCAGCCUGGGGGGACGACCAUUGAGAGCGCGCUGCGGUCAGUGCGCUACGCCAUGAUCCCCCCCGAGCAACUCUUCCGCUUGCAGAAGCAGUCCCCUGUCCUGCUCAAGUACCACGAGUCGGUCCGGGACCUGCUUUUCAUGGCUUUCCAGUUCCACUCGGCCUCCCCUCUCCAGUUUGCCAAGUAUUUCGACGUCAACUGCAGCCUGUUCACGCCCCGGAACUACCUCUCCCCAGCCUGGGGCUCCCCCUGGCUCAUUAACAACCCCACCAGAGACGACCGCAGCAUGAGCUUCCAGACCCAGCUGGGCCCCAGCGGCCACGAUUCUGCCAAAAAGAUCAUGUGGAACGCCUUGUUCUCCCCACGCUGGCUGCCCGUGAGCCUGCGGCCAGUGUACACAGCAGAGCACGGGGCAAUGCAGGCGGUGAGGGCGGAGGAAGGGCACCCCCGGAUCAUCGUCACCCCGGCCACCUCCAGCGUGGACUUCGCGGGCGUCAGCUUCCAGAAGACGGUGAUCGUGGUGGCACGCCAGCAGGGCAAGGCGGUGGUGCGCCACGUCUACAACUUCCACCAGAGCACGGAGGAGAGUGCUGACUUCCUGGCACAGGCUGACCUGCAGCGCCGAGCAUCGGAGUACCUCAUCGAGAGCGCUGUGCACCUGCACAUUGUCAUCAAGCCCGUCUACCACUCCCUCAUCAAGGCCAAGAAGUGAUCCCUGCCUCCCCCUGCUCCUCCCCUCACACACUCACCCAUGCAAAUGCAGCUGCAGACGUCACUGCUGUACAGUAUCAGUGGUUUUGGAAUUGCAUUGUGGCUGCCUUUCUGCUACCCUAACCCCUUUGUAAAGAACCACUGAACUGCCAUCCUUGGACCACUAUAUUGCCAUAAUGGUUCUCAAUAACAAAUGUCAUUUGAAUUUCUGGAUUUCUGAACAAGGGAUUAACCAUCCCUUAUAAAAGUCUCCCACAGUAAAAGCAUAACAAAGUGUAAUAAAGCACGGUGAGAGUAUGGUAAAGGAUAAUUAAGCAUUGUAAAGAAUAGCGAGGUAUGGCACAGCAUACUAAUAAACCAGGGUAAAGUAUAUGCUUAGUAUAACCACGGAAUCAGCAUUGCAAAACUGCAAAAAUACUGUGUAAAAAUACCAUGGUAAACUUUUAUAAGGGAUUCUCCAGUUUGAUAUAUAUUCUAGAUAAUAACAAAGGCGUUGCAGGAGGAAACAUGUUUUCAGUCAGGAGCGAUUCUCUGAGCGUGUGACUCAUUGAUCACAUGACUCUGCAAGUGGCAAUUGCCACUGAAGACAACAUGGUUUAGACAGCUACAAAAAAAAAAGAAAAAGUGGACAACAAGCCAAGCAAUGUGGUAUUAUUAUUAUUAUUAUUACUGUAUGUUAACCCUUUAUCUGCUCCUUCAUGAAAUGCUCAGUCUGUAGUGUGCUACUUUGU